UGGUGUGAGGCGGGAGCAGGCUGAGAGCCCCAGGAAACCCGCACCAGACGCACCCGGGACAUCGGGCGCUGCCCCUGGGGGCCAGCUCAGAGGGAUUUGGAAGAGAAACAGGAAGUCAAAGAUUCAGAGAAAAGAGCAUUCACUCCACAAUCGUAAACAGUUUAUUUCGUAAUAAAUAUGGCAGAGCUUUCUGAGACAGAAGGACCAGUAGAUUGGAAAGAACGAUGUGUAGCCCUAGAGUUCCAGCUCAUGAAAUUUAGAGUUCAAGCGAGCAAGAUACGAGAGCUCUUAGCAGAGAAGAUGCAGCAGCUUGAGAGACAAGUUAUUGAUGCUGAACGUCAAGCAGAAAAAGCUUUUCAGGAGGUACAAGUUAUGGAAGAAAAAUUAAAAGCAGCUAAUAUUCAAACCAGUGAAUCAGAGACGAGGUUGUAUAAAAAGUGUCAAGAUCUGGAAACCCUAAUACAGGAAAAAGAUGACAUCAUUCAAAACUUGGAACUGCAACUUGAGGAGCAGAAACAAAUAAGGAUUCAAGAAGCUAAAAUAAUAGAAGAGAAAGCAGCUAAGAUCAAAGAAUGGGUAACAGUUAAGUUGAAUGAGCUGGAAUUGGAGAAUCAAAAUCUUCGUUUGAUCAACCAAAACCAAACCGAAGAGAUAAGAACAAUACAGUCAAAAUUACAAGAGGUUCAAGGAAAGAAGUUGUCUACUGUCUCCACACCAAAGCUCACAGAAGGCCAGCGUCUGAGCAGUCUGACCUUUGGGUGCUUUUUAUCCCGAGCAAGGAGUCCUCCUCAAGUUGUAAAAUCUGAGGAAACGAGCAAGAUAUCAUCUAAAGAACCUGAGUUCACUGAAGGAAAAGACAUAGAAGAAAUGGAAAUACCAGAAAAGUCUGUUGAUAACCAAAUUCAAGAAAACAACCGAGGUCAGAGAACAUUGCAUCACGUGCCUUGUGUCUCAGGGCAGAAUCAGAAAACAAGGACAAGCUUUGUGACGGAUGGUGGCAUAUCCCAGAAUUCUGGGGCUCCUGGGAGUGACUGGAGUUCCGAUGAGGACGAUGGGAGCAAAGGAAGAUCCAAGUCCAGGUACACGUCCACCCUUUCCAGCCACACAUCAGAGGAGGGGGUCCAGUGUAGCAGAAUGGGCAGUGAGACGUAUCUGACAGCCUCUGAUGACAGCAGUUCUAUAUUUGAAGAAGAGACUUUUGGCAUAAAGAGACCAGAACACAAGAAGCUGUAUUCUUGGCAACAGGAGGCACAGUGGAGUCCUCUUGGAAAGGGAAAUUCCGAAUCAAGUAAAAAGGAGCAUGAUAGCUCCUCAGACGAACUGAAUAAAAAAUUUCAGUCUCAGAGACUGGAUUAUUCAUCUUCAUCGAGUGAAGCCAACACCCCAAGCCCUAUUCUGACCCCAGCUUUGAGUCCAAAGCAUCCUAACUCACUCCCUGGAAAAGGCACAGAACUAGUGCCCCCCUCAAACCUGCCACUUCCCAAAUUAAGGGUUCCUAAUGUUUUCGGCUUAAGUGUAGCUCUAGCCAAAAGACACCUAAGCCAGCCACAGUUAAGUUCCGACAGGAUGUUUGGUACAAACAGAAAUGCUAUAAGCAUGAUCCGGCCACUGAGACCUCAGGAAACAGAUCUUGAUCUAGUUGAUGGCGACAGUACAGAAAUUUUAGAGACUAUGGACACUAGUGAUGAUGGAUUAUUUUCCUACGACUCUCUGGAGUCCCCGUGUUCAGACGACCAGGAAACCUGCAACUCAGCAAAGAAGGCGGCCUGUGGCAAACCUCCAACUCCUCCCCUGCACCGGUUUCCCUCUUGGGAAAGCAGAAUUUAUGCUGUAGCCAAAUCAGGCAUUCGAAUGUCUGAGGCCUUCAAUAUGGAGAAUGUUAAUAAAAAUUCUGUUGCAGUGCUUUCCUAUACCACAUCAGGACUUUAUACAUCACUGAUAUACAAGAAUAUGACAACCCCAGUGUACACAACUUUAAAGGGGAAGGCGACCCAGAUAAGCAGCAACCCAUUCCUGGAUGACUCCUCUGGGUCAGAGGAAGAAGAUAGUUCCAGAUCCAGCUCCCGGACUUCAGAGUCAGACUCUCGCAGUAGGAGUGGGCCAGGCAGCCCCAGAGCAAUGAAACGAGGUGUGUCUCUCUCUUCUGUGGCUUCUGAAAGUGAUUAUGCUAUUCCCCCAGAUGCUUACUCCACGGACUUAGAGUGCUCACAGCCAGAGCAGAAGCUCCCGAAAACUUGCUCGUCUUCCAGUGAUAAUGGGAAAAAUGAACCACUGGAAAAAUCUGGCUACUUAUUAAAAAUGAGUGGUAAAGUCAAGACUUGGAAGCGGAGAUGGUUUGUUCUUAAAGGUGGUGAAUUACUUUACUACAAAUCUCCGAGUGAUGUAAUCAGAAAACCCCAGGGCCAUAUUGAACUUAGCGCGUCCUGCAGCAUUUUAAGAGGAGAUAACAAACAAACAGUUCAGUUGACCACUGAAAAACACACAUACUAUCUGACUGCAGAUUCUCCCAAUAUAUUGGAGGAAUGGAUUAAAGUGUUACAGAACGUUCUUCGGGUACAAGCUGCCAACCCCCUUUUCCUCCAACCUGAGGGCAAACCAACGGUGAAGGGAUUGCUCACCAAGGUAAAACAUGGCUACUCCAAGAGAGUCUGGUGUACACUUAUAGGAAAAAUAUUAUAUUAUUUUCGUAGUCAAGAAGAUAAGUUUCCUUUAGGUCAGAUCAGACUCUGGGAGGCUAAAGUUGAAGAGGUUGACAGAUCCUGUGAUUCAGGUGAAGAUUAUGAAGCCAGUGGGCGAAGUCUUUUAUCCACACAUUACACUAUUGUGAUCCACCCCAAAGACCAAGGUCCAACUUACCUCCUGAUUGGAUCUAAGCAUGAAAAGGACACUUGGCUUUAUCACCUGACUGUUGCAGCUGGAAGUAACAAUGUAAAUGUUGGAUCUGAAUUUGAACAACUCGUUUGCAAAUUGCUAAAUAUAGAAGGGGAACCUUCCUCUCAGAUAUGGAGACACCCUACUUUGUGUCACAGCAAAGAAGGACUCAUUUCUCCUUUGACAACAUUACCUUCGGAAGCUCUACAGACAGAAGCAAUUAAAUUAUUUAAGACCUGCCAACUUUUUAUAAAUGCAGCAGUUGACUCUCCUGCAAUUGAUUACCAUAUAUCUCUAGCCCAGAGUGCUUUGCAAAUCUGUCUGACACAUCCUGAGCUACAGAAUGAAAUUUGCUGUCAGCUCAUUAAACAGACAAGACGGAGACAGCCACAGAAUCAACCAGGACCAUUGCAGGGCUGGCAACUCUUAGCACUCUGUGUUGGGCUCUUCCUUCCCCAUCACCCUUUCCUGUGGCUCCUCAGGCUCCACCUAAAGAGGAAUGCAGAUUCCAGGACAGAAUUUGGAAAAUAUGCCAUUUACUGCCAGCGAUGUGUAGAAAGAACGCAACAGAAUGGAGAUCGAGAGGCAAGACCCUCAAGAAUGGAAAUUCUUUCCACCCUUCUUCGAAACCCGUAUCAUCAUUCUUUGCCCUUCAGUAUCCCCGUACACUUCAUGAAUGGGAUAUAUCAGGUAGUUGGAUUUGAUGCGUCCACCACAGUGGAAGAAUUUUUGAAUACUUUGAACCAGGAUACAGGGAUGAGGAGGCCAGCACAGUCUGGAUUUGCAUUGUUUACAGAUGAUCCUUCUGGCAGGGAUUUAGAGCAUUGUCUUCAAGGAAACAUCAAGAUUUGUGACAUUAUCUCUAAAUGGGAACAGGCUUCCAAAGAACAGCAGCCCGGGAAAUGGGAAGGUACGAGAACUGUUCGUCUCACUUAUAAAAACAGACUGUAUUUCUCAAUGCAAGCCCGUGGAGAGACUGAUAGAGAAAAGCUGCUGUUAAUGUAUCAGACAAAUGAUCAAAUAGUAAAUGGACUUUUUCCUCUGAACAGGGACCUGGCAUUAGAAAUGGCAGCUCUUUUAGCUCAGGUGGAGAUUGGAGAUUUUGAAAGGCCUUUUUCUACUCCAGCAGGGCAUGUUACUAAUCAGUGCAAAGCAAAUCAAACUAUAAAACAACUCAUAGAGAAAUUUUAUCCUAAAAGGUAUAGAGAUGACUCUUCUGAAGAACAGUUAAGGCAGCUUUGCCAGCGACUGUCAACCAGAUGGAUGGCCCUCCGGGGACACAGUGCUGCUGAUUGUGUGCGAAUCUAUUUGACAGUAGCCAGGAAGUGGCCAUUUUUUGGUGCCAAAUUGUUUCUUGCAAAACCCAUAACCCCAUCAUCACUUGGAAGUACUUUCAUGUGGCUGGCUAUACAUGAGGAUGGUUUAAGCAUCUUAGAAUACAACUCCAUGAGGUUAAUAAUCAGCUAUGUGUACAAGAGUCUAAUGACCUUUGGAGGUUAUCAAGAUGAUUUUAUGAUAGUCAUUAACAAAGCACAUUCAAAGGACAAACCAACAGAGAAAUUACUUUUUGCCAUGGCAAAACCCAAGAUUCUUGAAAUCACUCUUUUGAUCGCCAGCUACAUAAACAACUUCUAUCAGCAGAAGGCGGUUCACCACCUCUCUGCUCCAGCGCUGCUCUCAGCUCGGACCCAGGGUCCUCAAGCCAGAGUGAUGGGAAGCCAGCCCCUUCUGUCAAGCAGACCAACCAAAGGCCCCACUUUACUCUGAAAGCUCAGGGGCCUGAACAUUCACUCCCUGUCCUCUAACCAAUGGCUGCAUUGGCUCCAAAUAAGUUCAUUUACAUCCUGGCAACAUGGCACACACACAGUAGUAGUCCAUUCUUUAAAAAUAAUGAGGGUUACUCUCUUUCAUUUGAUUCAUAAAUAUUCAAAUGAAUGCUAGUAAUAGGACCUAAACACAGAUUUUCCCACGUGCUGAUUUUCUCUUAGCUUAACUGGGUUAGAAUUUGUCAUUUUUUUCCAUCACCUUCUCCUUUGCCAUCAGACACAUCAAGCCUUUUUUCUCUUU